UCAUAACGUGUAAAAUCGUGUGAAGUUUUUUGCGAUUUCGGCAUUCUGGGGCACACCUGUACUACAGAAGAAAGGUUCCUACUUGAUGGUUAACCAGGAAUAUAAAAGUGAGAAUAUAAAAUUGAGAAGCUAAGUAUAGUCUAUAUAUUUCAAUACAAACACACUGUCACUGGCAGUAAUUUAGUAAAGACUACGUUGUUAAGCAACUACCGCUUCAGCUUAAACACGAAACUCGGUUUAAUUAACGAAGAAGACACGUCAGUGUUUUAAAUUCGAACAACGAACAUCUCGCUAAUUCUACCGACCACAAGAUGAUAUUACCAAGUUGCUUCACGUCUAAAACUCCAAUGCUAUACAAGGCAUUCUACUUCGUAUUCUACGCUGGUUAUAUUUCGUUUCUGCUCUACGUUCCUGUGUAUUUUAAAUAUCUUGGUCUGAGUGCUAUUUAUGUCGGACUUUUAAACGGCAUUCGACCUCUGAUGCAAACAAUCGGGGCACCACUAUGGGGCGUUAUCGGAGAUAGAUUUCGGAUUAGAAAAAUUAUUUUUAUCGUUGCGUUCGUUGUUAUGACAGUUAAAACUAUGAUGUUUUUCGUAUUCCGUCCUGAGAGCACACUGUGUGUCGUAACAUACUACAAUUCAUCGAGAAAUAUCAUAAGAAAUGAGACAUAUGUUGUCAAACAUGAUAUAAUUAAGCGAUGGGCACCAUUUGAAAACACCAUGGACACUGUUUUGUUUGAUAAAAAUACUGACAUAUCGAAGCGAGGUGGGUUAGACGCGAUGACAACCCCAAAGCAUCUCGGCAAUAUCGUUAACAAAGACAUUAUGGAAAUGUCAGAUGCGGAUAAUUCCAUGGCUGAUGAAAGAACACUAGUAAAGAACUAUCAUGAUCACAGCGUACACUACAAAUUAAUCUACGACGAUGAAGAGUCAACCCGUAUAUUUUUCUGGAUAUUAUUAUUCGUUGUAUGCGGCGAUGCAUUUGACGCGGCUGUAUUCACUCUAGCAGAUACAUCUUGUCUUGACACACUCGGCAGUGAAAACUACGGUUACUAUCGCUUAUGGGGCUCGGCAGGCUGGGGUAUUAUGUCUCCUAUCAUAGGAUUUACGAUCACACACCUAACUCGCGAUUAUUGCGGUACAAGUACCGGUUCUUACUUUAUUAUUUUUUAUUUUUAUCUCGGGUUUAUGUACCUGGGGUUAUUAUUCGGGUCGCAUUUUGAGUUCAGUUAUAAUCACAAUGAUCAUGUGCACCAGACAGUAAAAAGCGCUCUGUUAAAUUUCCACUAUGGUAUAUUUUUGUUUGUGACAUUCUAUGCUGGUGUGUGUUAUGGUUUCCUACUGUAUUUUGUCAACUGGUUUAUAGACAGUCUUGGCGGUACUGCUAUCGUAAUGGGCACAGCCACAGCAUGUAAGAGUAUUAUGGAUGUCCUUGGCUUCUUUCUAGCCGGACGAAUCAUUGAUGUCUUGGGUCAUCUUAAUACAGUCACAGUCAGUUUGAUAGCAUACAUUGGAGCGUUUGUAUCUUACUCGUAUCUCACAGAACCCUGGUAUGCAGUUCCUAUAGAGGUCUUACAUGCUGGUGCUUAUGCACUAGUAUGGUCGGCAUCAGUAUCGUAUCUUAAUAAGGCUGCACCUGCUGGAUCUAGUGCUACUGUGCAAGGUAAGAUUACAGUAGGUUGUAGUAGUUAUACUUAAUUUACAAGUUCUCCAUGUAUGUUUUGCAUGCGAUUAAUCAUUCAGUGUUUUCUUUUGUUUUAUGAAAAACGCCGUCUUAUUUCUUUGAGAACUGAAACUUUCAAUCUGUAAGCCCGGAUCUUCUUCCGGGCAAAGGCAUAUAAUGGUGUAGGCGUUGCUUCUCAUGUAUGAUUAUAUAAUCACUUGUCCAUUCUCGCGUGAAAUUUUAAUGUUUGUAUACCAAAGAGCAUUUGAUAUUGUCACUUAUGCUCAAACUUCAGAUGUCACUUGUAUAAGGCUUGUUAAGCACCUGAUUGACCGUUUACUGUGAAGUUUGGUGUUAAGAUUUUACAAAACAUGUCAUUGAAAUGCUCUUGACAAACAUGAGUUUCAUGUGAGUAGACAAUAUACACCCUUCCGGAAAAUACGUCAUUUUGAGAUGUCACAUUGUCAUAGCCUAAUGUAACGAAAACGAGGCUCUAUAGCGAAAAUGGCGUACUUUCAGGAUGGAUGCAUUGUUUUAUCAUUGACUGUUCAUAUGCAGGUAUAACGGUAGUUAUGGUACGUAUAUAUAGUGUAGAUGAUCCAUUUAAACAGUGUAUACGGCUCAGUGUUGAGCGUCACUAUAUUAGGGAGUUUAAGCUUGGCGUUUACGGGAACGGCAAACGGCAGUUUCGAACUUUCUUCGCAAAAUUUUCGUUAAACGUUUUAGUUUCGUAUUUUCUUUCUUGUGUCGAAAGAAUAGUCAUGCAUUGCAGUUCUAAAACAGCAAGUUCAUUUAUUCUUUAUUGCCUGAUACCGUAAAAUAUUUCGUUGCCUGGCGUUUGCCGUAUAACGCGAAGCUUAAACUCUCUAUUCAUGUUCAACAGUUUAUGUUUUGCGAUGAAAAUCGCUCAAAACCUAGUAGAAUAUUAUUGCCUCUCAAAGUUAUUUCUAUUUUCUAGUUUAUGCAUGCAGUUAAAUGCAUCUACCAGUUGAAAACAUGAAGUAAUAAUAAGUUAUCAAUACAAUCAAUGUCAAGUACAAUCAUCAAUGUCACAAUGAUCAUGAUAUUCAAAAUUGAUCUGACACCAUAUAAUUACAGCAAUAUAAAAUAUAUGCAAAACUUACUGAACUCAUGGAGUCAUGCAGACAUACUUUUCCCUCUUGGCGUACCGUCUAUAUGGGUCAUUUAUAAAUUAUAUAUUUUUAGCAUCAUUUUGUCUAUAAAGCACAAAACAUAUUUUUUAAAAUUUGUUUGCCGAUUGCGAAAUGUAUCGAAAAAAUACAUUUUUUAAAUAUAACCAGGAGUUGUAUAAUAUUUACUCGCUAGUUUUGAGCACUUGUAACGUAACCUAUCGGGGGGGGGGGGGGGGGGGAUCGGGGCAUUUGCCCCGAGCCCCGAAAAUUUGCAAAAGAGGGGCCCCAAAAGGUGUAAUUAAAAAAAUAUUUGGAACGUUUUUCAUAAGCAAUGGUAUGAUAAAAAUUUCGUAGACCUUAAUUCUACUUGGUGUUUGUCCGAAAAACAUUUUUUGAGUCUUUUUUUUUUAAAAUGUCCGGAAGUCAUAACCUUGUACCUCUGACCUUGUACCUCUGACCUUGUACCAUGGUUGAUGGAAAAUAGAUAUGAUUAUUAAUCAAUAUGAAUUUUUAUGAUGGAUUUUCACAGUGAAUGAGCCUUGCAGUCGAGCUUCGACAGCUGCAUGGAGAUUUCUCUCUAUCGUAGACGAUUUUCAAUGUCCCAACUGACCAGAUAUAAUAUACUUUUUUAACUUCUAUAAAACGGACAUCUUUCUAAUCCGCACAUUUCAACGUCCGUAUUGCUUUAUUGGAGAGGCUUGACUGUGUUAGUAAACCGAACACAAACGAUUCGUGCAUCUCAUUAUACAUUAGAUCCGCAUAUUUCAUUAGAUCCGCAUCUAUCAUUAUGCAUGAGUUAGACUUCGAUUGUGAAACUAUUAGUUCACAGGCCGGCUUAAUUAUAUGUUCAUUAUAUUAAAGUGUCGCAAACAAUGAUAAGAUUAUGGUAUAUGUGCAAUAUUUUGGGUCAUUCUAAGAGGAAAGAGUGUUAAUAAUAUAUCUUUGUCUUAUUCUUAUCAACUUUCUCACAAGGAUGUCGUAAUGAUAUGUAUUUUAGCAGCAAGAAAUACGAAGUAAUUUGCAAUUCAUCUAAUGACAUAAUAUUUCCUUCAACUCAUCCAGUGAAAACAUUCAUAUUUUUGAUUCAACGUUAUGAAUUUCUUCAGAGUUUCCAUUGUAUUGUAUUUUAUUAGAAUAGUCAGUGGUUACCGAAAAUUAAUCCAGUGAGCAAGAUGUGUUUUUGUGAUGAAAAUAUAUUACAAUAAUAUUAUACGGCAUGGUAUUAGUGACAAUUUAUUUAUGCCUGUACCAGGCUUGUAAUUUAACAUGUGGAUUAUUUCAUUCAAAGGAAUCCUGCAAGGUGUGUAUUGGGGCCUGGGAACUGGUGGUGGAACCAUUGUUGGUGGUUAUGUUUCUCACGUGUUCGGCUUCAGGUCAACUUUCCGAGGAUUUGCCGUCGUAACGGGAGUUAUUCUCGCAGUGUUUCUUACCACGCAGCUUAUAUCAAAAUAUUCCGACCUCCCUCAGGAGGAUGGAAAUGAGGAAAUUGUGGAUGAAGAAGGUGAUGAUGAUGAUGAAAUGUUCUUAAGUCCGCAAGGACCAAAUAAGAAAUCCCAUUCAGAUAUCGAUGAAGAAAAUUGGGAAGCACUAUGGCAAACCCCGCCUGACGACCAGCUUGCAAAGUCACUCCAGCCUACAGAGUCAGCUCAUGCUGGAGAUCUAUCCCAGUCUGAAAAACCAUCAGAGCCUGUAAAGUCAGUCGAGCCUUCAAAUUCAACGCAGCCUGUAGAGUCAGCUGAGCCUGCAGAUCAUCCAGGUGACUUGGAGAAUAUCAAUCAGCAAGAACUGCCAGAACGAUCUGAGGACACUACCAAGUUGAUUGAUAGAGAGUUAGUUACAGAAAAUUAGAAAAUGUUAAAUUAUCAGCAAUUAUUAGCACAGAAAAUUAGAAAAUAUUAAAUUAUCAGUAAUUAUUAGCACUUAAGAAAUUAUUCUAAGCACUCCUGUUUCUUGAUUCAUGUAUUUAUGCAUCAGUUGCAGUUGCAUGUCUAUGCGUGGUCCUUGCUUUAUUUACGUUUUCUCUGGCAGGUACAAAUUUAGGGCAAGUCUUUUUAAAAGCACCAAAUAAGAUGAAACCAUCAUUGUAGAUUGCCCACGGGUCACCUUUGUUAGGUAUAUCGGUGCAAAAUCAUGAGAAUAUGUAACGUUGCAAUCAUAAUGACCGAAUUUUCCAGUGAAACAAGGCAACUUAGGCAAGGCCAAUGAGUCCAUAAUAUAUAACUUAUAUAUGCGAUUGGAUAGCGUCGUCCCCAAGCACUUUGCUAAACUGCGCUGACAGUUACUUCGGGAUUCGAAUAAGGAAGUCGAUCAUUUUCACCAGUUUGGGAGAUUUGCACAAAUCAUACAUGAUUUUUCAUGGAAAAAUGAUAGUAAAAAAAUAACACUUGAAUGUAGUUUCAGUUUAGCGGUGUGAAUGUUACAUGGUGCCCAAGCACGCAUGCGCUGUACACAUACUGUAACCGUUAAUCAGCUUUAUUUCCUACGGCGGGAGAUCAUAUAUAUGUUAGCUAGCAACAUUUGAAGUCAUGAAAAAUAUGAUACAUACACUUAUGGUAUAUAUUGUUUAGUAUAUGAUGUAUAUGGGUGUAAUAAUAUAAAUGUAGACAUGCACAUUAAUCAUUAUCUAUUAAAGUAGCUUCAAUUUAUAUUAUUUAUGUACGUUUAGAAUUAAUUAAUGAGAAUUAAAUAAAUUGUAGCAAAUUGUAACAAGUUUUUCACGUUUUUACUGUUUUUAUUCACUGAACAAUCAUAAAGUGCUACUGAUUAGUCCUACCAAAAAUUUACAAAAACGAUACUGAUAAAAUAUAUAACAUAUGUAGAAAAAGUAAACAACCUAGGAUAAUAAUAUUACAACUAAUGCCAUGUCAACAUGUCAACCAUCUUUGGUUAUGCUACAUUUUACUCCCAUUGCAUGACAUCUCCGAUUAUUAUUGAAUUUAGUUUCCUAAACUAGUGGCAAAAACCAAUUUGCGAACACAUUAUACUGUAUAUACAACUUCUAUUAAGCCCCUCUCUACUAGCCCGGCCCCCCUCUCUAUAAUAACCAUGACUUCUCCUUUAUGACCAAGAAACUUACUUUUUGUAUUGAUUCAAUACACGCUUCCGGAAAGUACGUCAUCUUGGCGUCAUUGAUUGUGAUUGACACGUUAUGCUUUAACUAAUGUCGCGUACACAAAAAUGAGGCUGUAUAGCCAAAGUGACGUACUUACUGGAAGGAUGUAUUUUAAUGGCUGGGACCCACAAAUGUUUGCAAAUCAGUUUAAUCAACAUAUACAUCCGGUAACUCCCAUUUUUCUAACAAUAAACCAUCUAAAAUUGUCAUCCGUGCCCAUGGAGGGGGUUGGUGGUCUUAGUAGAGAUUUAGGGUAUCAGAAAUGAUAAAGAUGCGGUCCGAGAUAAUUGAAUCGACGUUUAUAUUCUUUAAUUUCUCCCGUUCUUUGAUUGAAAGUAACUAUUAGUUUUUCUUUUUCAACGUUUCAAUGCCGAAUUCAGCUCUAUCUUCGUUUAACGUGAAUGUAGGAAAACAGGAAAGUGGUCAAAGCCGUUAGAAAAGGCGCGAAGGCAGAGAGCAGGAAUGCUCGAAACAAUGGCAUUUUGUAACCAAAUAUGGUUAUGCCUUUACAUGUUUCUACAAAUUCUGCCAUUGUUCUUAUAGUUUCUUCGUCUUGAAACAAAUAGCCAUUUUCUUGUUGUUCAAAGCAGUCCGAGUACAAGAUGGUUUGUCGAACAAUACUCAACUUUGUUUGAAGGCGCAACAUAAGUGUCAGCGGUAUCAUGUACAGCACAAUGGACUCUAAGAUUUUCAAAGUGGCUUCAAUCCCGACUUCAAUCAGCAUCUGUUUUUGACUGGCUUCCGUGUGGGUUUCCGUGAUUUCCUCUCUCAAAGUCACAUUAACAAGCAGACUGUUAGGCUUGUUAGCUUUUGACGCUGCUCUUAAUGCAAUUAAACUUUGCAAAUAUGGCUGACUUGACUCAAUGGGCACCAUUUUGAUUUGAACAGGUGGUUUUAUUAUAAACGGUGUGAUUUUCAUCCGUUUGUAGUACUUUGGUGUUCCAGCGGUGUAGUAGGUGCGGUUUUCAGUUACCUUGGCUUCAAGUUGUUCAGCGCAUGCGAAGACACCGAGAAAAGCCGUGAUCAUGAGAAACAGGAAAUGCAGCGCUAAGUACAAUUGGAAGUUACUCCCAACUGAACCAAUCAGAGAGUGUGUUUUGAUAAAUUGUUGUUUCGCCGCCCGCUUGCCCGAACCUGGAAUGUUCUUAUAGUCCUGAGGCCAAAUUUUGAUGCGUUCGGCAUAGCCUUUCACGACACGUACAAGCACAUACGCUUCAAAAACGAAAACCAAGAAUAUGGGGGCUGUGACAAGGCGAUCUAUUGCAAGGAGACCUGUAUCCAAUAUUAUGCACCAAGUGUCCCCUGCGGCAAGCGAGUACGACAGCUCGAGAGGGCGCAACACUACUGGAAUGAUGAACACUAUAGCUAUCACAGCCAGGCAAAUUCUCCUCAGGUACCGCGAUGUCUCUCUCCACAAGGUUUGAUUGAGGCAGGAAUCGUGCAGGAAAUUCUCCAUAUGUCUGCUGUAGCAGAAGUAAUAAAGACCCAGAUGAUGCGAGAUGACCCAACGUAAGCUCCAUAUUAUUUCGUCAAUUGCAUUAAUAGGAAACCAUUUGAAGUAUUGGUGGUUCAGAGUUGAGUCACCAAAGAAGCCCAGAGAGUAGAUGAAAUGAGCCCAGACACCCAGAGUCACGCAGACCU